CCACUGCGUCUAAACCCGAGGCAAUGCGUGAGCUCGCGAGCGUAAUCUUUGGAAGGUGGAGCUUGUUGACCUUUAAUCACUUGGAGGGCAUUCAAUGUUUCAAUUUCAUAUCAAAGUAUAAAAUCACCGGUUUCAGGACUUUGUCUAGUCGCUAAAAAGUACAUUGCAGCUGCAGCAUGGGCCGAAAAUUCGUAGUUGGGGGCAACUGGAAGAUGAACGGAGACAAAAAACAAAUCUCCGAAAUCAUCAACACCCUAAAAACCGGCCCCUUGAACCCCAACACCGAAGUCAUCGUGGGAGUCCCCGCAAUUUACUUGGAACAUGUGCGAACAAACCUACCCCAAAGUAUUGAAGUGGCCGCCCAAAACUGCUAUAAAGUUCCUAAAGGCGCCUUCACCGGCGAGAUUUCCCCCGCGAUGAUCAAAGACAUUGGCGUGAAUUGGGUGAUUCUGGGGCACUCAGAGCGUCGCCAGAUUUUUGGCGAAACUGACGAACUUAUCGCCGAAAAAGUGGCUCAUGCCUUGGAGGCUGGCCUGAAAGUUAUCGCCUGCAUUGGGGAGACUUUGGAGGAACGGGAAGGGGGCAAGACUGAGGAGGUUGUCUUCAGACAGACUAAGGCUAUUGCUGGGAAAAUAAAAGACUGGUCAAAUGUUGUCGUUGCUUAUGAGCCGGUGUGGGCCAUAGGUACGGGAAAAACUGCCACUCCUCAGCAAGCACAAGAAGUGCACAAGGCUUUGAGACAAUGGUUUUGCACAAACGUUAACGCGGACGUUGGAAAUAGUAUCAGAAUUCAAUACGGGGGCUCCGUAACUGGGGCCAACUGCAAAGAAUUGGCUGCCCAACCUGAUAUUGACGGAUUUUUAGUAGGGGGUGCGUCCCUCAAACCCGAAUUCGUGAACAUUGUAAACGCAAAGCAAUAAUUUUGUAAUUAAUUAUUCGUGUAAGGGAGUAAUAAAAGACUUGAGCCGUU